GGAACAACAACCUGUAUGUGCCACAGUUGGAGACAGAAGAUAGUGAUGAUAGCAGUAAAGGUUCAUGUGAAUACCAGACCUGCAGCAUAUCAGAUUUCUUUAUAUCUGACAUGAUUUUUUCUGGGCUACCAGUUGAUGGCAACUCAGUCUUUAAUGAUAGUACAGACACUAAGUUCUUGCCUGAUUACAAAUGUGAAGAACCACUUAAUUCUUUUGAUUUGACUGAGGAAACCAUGGUAAUGCCUUAUCUUAAGAAUGCUAUGGAAAGUGGCUAUAUUCAUGAUAUCAGAACAUGUGAAGAUGCUACAAUAGAUUCUUCUGAUUCGAGCUUGUAUCUUGCUAUCCAUCAAUUGAGAUCGUGCAACCAGGAAUCUGAUAUUAAUAUUUACUCAGAUGUGGAUCAACCAGAUUCAUUUGAUCCACACAUGUUUAUAAGGAAUAUACCUGACUUGCCAGAUUUGGCUUCAGAUUUGCGGCCAACAAUACUGCCUAAGGAUAGCAAGAAAACAAAAUCUGUUACUCUUGUUCUUGACUUGGAUGAAACCCUAGUGCAUUCAACAUUGGAACACAGUGAUGAUGCUGAUUUCACCUUUCCAGUGUUUUUCAAUAUGAAAGAGCAUACAGUGUAUGUGAAACAGAGGCCUCACCUGCGGACAUUCCUGGAGAGAGUUUCUGAGAUGUUUGAAAUUGUAGUUUUCACAGCUAGUCAGAGCAUCUAUGCGAAGCAGCUUUUGGAUAUAUUGGAUCCAGAUGGCAAGCUUAUCUCUAGACGAGCUUACCGCGAAUCCUGCAUCUUCUAUGAUGGAAGUUAUACUAAAGACUUAACUGUUUUAGGUGUUGAUCUAGCAAAAGUUGUCAUAAUUGAUAAUUCUCCUCAGGUAUUCCGCUUGCAAGUCAAUAAUGGAAUUCCCAUCAAGAGUUGGUUUGAUGACCCCUCAGACUCCGCACUAAUGUCACUACUUCCAUUCCUUGAAACACUGGUUGACACUGAUGAUGUUCGGCCUAUCAUUGCUAAGAGAUUCGGUAACAAUGAAUGAGUGCUCCUUGCACUCAUUAGUUGUUUCUUUAACAUUUCCUGUCCCUUUUAUAUCAUUUUAAGCAAAACUUUCCUUCAUUUUAGAUGCUCAUUAUUCAAUUCUCUUUGAGCAUGGAUACAAUUUUUUUUCAUACAACAGGGAUAUUUUUCCAUGUUUUGGUCAGUUUUUCUUCUCCAUAGCCCUUUGAUGACUUGGUUAGUUAAGCUGAUUUCUGGGAGAAGGUAGUUUUAAAGGUUUUCGCCUUGUCUGCAUUGUACAGUUAUAUGCUUAAAGGUUUAAAGGUUGUGUAUAUUGUUAAACUCUUUUUUUGGGGAUAUUUUAGUGAUUUUUUCUUGGCGUUUACAUCUCUUUACUACAGCUGGAAGUUGCAUACCUAAUUGUUCAAUUAAUAUUGUGCUCUAUGCUAAGUAAAACGUUCUUGAAUUUUGGGGAAGCAUGCAACAAUUUGCUUCUGGGACUAAGAUAUGUGAGUGGCAUUGACUUUACCUCAUACCGUGGAUUGAGAGAUUGUUAGAAUCUUGUCAAUUAAUAAUAGCAUUCAGGGAGUAUUUGAACCAUUAUGUAACAUGUAUGAGCCAUCGAGAUUUUUUGUUAAGUAGAAAAAGACAAUUAUGAGUUUUUAGAAAUAGGUGACUCCUGAAGAAUUUGGGGAAAUAGUUAAUCCGCAUAAUUAAAGAUGUUUUACAUUGUAAAAUUACAAAAUUCAGAAAAUACUGUUACUGGAUAAAGAAAAACAGAAAUCAAUUCAAAUUUAUAUGAUGAGUGUUAAAUUUCAAUACUGAUUUUGUGUUCUUUUUAACUGGAUAAAACUACUAGUGAUCUCUUAAUCUGGAUUGAGCUUCUUGUUUUCACAAGAUAACUUCGCAGAAUUAGAUUUAUCAAACUUGGUAGGGUGAGGAUAGAAAACGAUAGUAUUGGAUUGUUAACGUUUCUUGUUGUAUGUCUUUAAGACUGCUUUGCAUGAAUUGGUAUUUUCACUCCCUAAACCAGUUCCUCAUUCUCAUCCACCCAGGUGAUGAGAGUGGGAAAUGAACAACACCCGGGUACAUGAUUUGAAGUCACUGCAUGUGGCAGUUUAGUUGUCUGUACUAAGACUGCUAAUUGUAUAUUUUUAUGCUUUACAUCUUUGGUGAUUUUUGUGAAUGUUUUUAAAUUUCCUCCACCACAAAAAAUGGAGAAAUUGCUUCUGUUGUUAUCACUUUCAGGAUUAGGAAUAACAUGUGUAUCUCAACCUAUGUAUUUUUCUUGUUUAUAUUGACAGAAGUGGAUGAUGGUAGUUACUUA